GGCUCAAAAUGCGUUUUUCAGCGCGGAGUGCAGCCGACAGCUUGCCACGGAAGCGAUGGCCGAAGAUGCCAAGGCCCUCACGCGGAAGCUCAAGGCUGCGGAGCCCGUGCGGGUGGUGGAGGUGCUGCAGAAGGCCCAGCAGCAGAACUUGCGCCUGAACUUGAUCCACCUGAAUACUGCCCUGGCCGUCUUGGCCGAUCAGCGCGAACCGCCAACGGACACCGCCAGGUGGCAAGACGCCUGCCAGCUUGCUGAGAGGAUACCCCAGAUGUUCGUGGAAACGGAUGUUGUGAGCUCCAACAUUCUUCUGCGCUCGCCGGGCUGGCAACAAGCGCAGCUGGAUCUGAGGACCUUUACGGAAGUCACCUAUGUGGCGCUGGGCGGAAAGCUUGAUUGGCCCCAGGUGCUGCGACUGCUCUGGGCGAUGCGGCAAAGUCGCGGCGUGGGGCUGGCGGCGUACAAUGCGGCCUUGGUAAAGCUACUCUGGCCUCAGAGUAUGGAGUUGCUGCGAUGGAUGCCGAGGAGCCGACUUCGGCCGGAUGUGCUGAGCUACACGACGGUGGCCUCGCAGGACAGUUGGCUGGGGGCCGUCAAUACGCUGUGUGACCUGUGCUUGGCAAGGUGGCAGCUUGACGUCGUGUGCUGCAGCACCGUCCUCACGAGCUGCGUUGAGGCAAAUCAUUGGCUUCAAGCUCUCCGAUUCCAACAGGUGAGCUGGAACCAAUAUUGCUACAACGCCAUUCUGAGGGGCCUCAGGUGGCAGCUAUGCCAACACGUUUUCGAGGAGAUGGUUGACGUCUCCCUUCGGCCAGACGCAGCUUCUCAGAGCCUUUUGACGAAUUCACUGGCGCAGGCCGGCCUCUGGCGAUCUGCGCUGGUGUCACUCUCUUCCUACACCUACAACAGUGUGCUGCGAUGCCUCGUGGAGGCAUCCGCAUGGCGACGGGCCUUCGACCUUAAAGGAGCGCCACAGCCAGAUAGCGUUGUCUUGAGCGUUGCCACGCAGAAUUGGCCAGCAGCCUUGCAGGUGCUGGCAAAGCAAUCCGGUGGCGGCCGCCCGUGCUCGGUGCGCUUUGGCGGUCCCUGGCGCUCCGCGUUGCACCUGGCGCUCCACUCCAUAGGGGGCUCCUGGCAACGGGCCGUGGUGCAAGGGGAGAGGCACGAGUUGCUCUCUGCCCAACAGUCGGCCGGUCACUGGCGCGGCGCGCUGGCCUCUGUAUUGCAGAUGCGCUGGGCAGAGCUACGCCUGGACACUGCGGACCUCAACAUGGCCAUCAGCGCCUGUGAAAAGAGCUCCACUUGGCGCCGGGGGGCAAAUCUUCACAGGGCGAUGCUGGCCGCACGCUUGUCCGCCAGCCUGGAGACCACUAGUACCUGCAUCAAGGCCUACAGCACAGCCCGGCGCUGGGCCUGGGCACUGCAUUUCCUCCGUGGCGGAGUUGACGCGGCCGGCGCCGGCGACUUCGGCGUGCUGCGCAACGCAGGGGCGGACGCGCUGGCGAAGUGUCGCCGCUGGCGUCAAGCAGUGCUGCUCACGGGCGCAGCCAGCGCAGAUGUGCUUUUCUUCAGCUCUCUGCUGACCUCCCUGCCAUCGGCAGCUCUACCUGCGCCGAUGGCGCUGAAUUUGGUGCUGACCAUGGAUACGCAGCGGGUAUCCCUGGAUGCUGUGGCCUGUGGCCUGGUGGCGGACAUCCUCCCGGUGGAGAAGCUGCCAGAACACCUCGGUCGCUUGCAGCAGCUGGGGCUGGGAGCCUGCGAGUCACAUGCGAAAGGGGCGUCUUAUGCCUGUGGUUUGUGGGCGACUCGCUUCCUGAGUUCCUGGGGCAUUGUCAUUUUUGGGUUUGGACCAUUUUACUUGUAG